AUGACUGAUGACACCCUCUAUCUCUGGCACGUCAGUAGAGGAAGUCCUAUCUGCAAAAUCUCCCCAGCACAUCCAUAUAUUUCCAGCGAUCUUGUCAGCGUGAAAGCUCGUCCCGCAUUGAAUUGGGUCACCGCUGUGACGGGUUUGUUCAGUACAGACCUCCUGGCCACUGGCUCCUCCUCGGGUCAUGUUCAACUCUGGCGUCUCCACUUGGAGAGCGAAAAGACCUUCUCUUUUGGUGUUGGCGAUGAUGAGGACAAAGAGGGUAGUGAUGAGGAAUCAAAGCCGAAGCAGACGCGUCUCCGAGUUCAUCAUGAUUCGGCAAAAUUAGAACGAAUUCCCAAUGGAGAAUUCCACCUAGUGAGUUUCUCUUCUCUAGCAUUAUGCGCUUGGAGACUCCCCUUUUUUCCUAAAACCAUAUUCUAUCAAUAUUGUUUUUUAUGCUUAUAA